AUCAUAAAAAAAUGAGUACCUUUAAGGUAUCUUGCAAUUUUUAUGGAUUUUUUAAGUUCUUAAUAAAAUGCAUAAUGAUAUCUUCAUUGAUUGGUUCAAGUUACUCAAUGUGUGAUUUUAAGGGAAUAUUCAACUUUGGAGAUUCAAAUUCAGAUACAGGUGGAUUAUAUUCAGCUUUUCCUGCACAGCCCUAUCCUUAUGGAAUGACUUAUUUUCAAAAGCCAGUUGGACGUUCUUCUGAUGGGAGGCUCAUUGUGGAUUUUUUGGCUGAGGCUCUUGGAUUACCUUAUUUGAGUCCAUAUUUGCAAUCAAUUGGAUCAGACUACACACAUGGAGCCAACUUUGCAACAUCAGCCGCCACUGUGCUUUUGCCCAAAUCAUCUUUCUUUGUAAGUGGACUCAGCCCUUUUUCCCUUCAAAUACAACUAAAGCAAAUGCAACAAUUCAAAGCCAAAGUUCAUGAUUUUCAUAAAAGAGAUCCUUUGAAAUUCUCUAGUUGUGAUUCAAAAAUCAACAAUAUUCCUUCACCUGAUAUUUUUGGAAAGUCAAUUUACAUGUUCUAUAUUGGUCAAAAUGACUUCAUUUCAAAAAUAGCAUAUGGUGGUGGUCUUAAUGGAUUGAAGAACUACCUUCCUGAAAUUAUCUUUCAAAUUGCUUCAGCCAUCAAGGAGUUAUAUGCACAAGGGGGGCGAACAUUUAUGGUAUUAAAUCUUGGUCCAGUUGGAUGCUAUCCUGAAUAUUUGGUGGAGCUUCCUCAUACAAGUUCUGACUUAGAUGAACAUGGAUGCAUUAUUUCUCACAACAAUGCUGUAGAUGAUUACAACAAAUUAUUGAAAGAGACAUUAAGUCAAACUAGAGAAACUUUACAAGAUACUUCUCUAAUUUAUGUGGAUACCAACUCUGCUCUAUUGGAGCUCUUCCACCAUCCUACAUCUUAUGGAUUAAAGUAUACUACCAAAGCAUGUUGUGGUCAUGGAGGUGGAGAUUACAACUUUGACCCUAAAGUUUUAUGUGGCAAUAUGCUUGCAAGUGCAUGUGAAGAUCCUCAAAACUAUGUGAGUUGGGAUGGAAUUCAUUUCACAGAAGCUGCAAACAAAAUUGUGGCCAAAGCCAUUCUCAAUGGCUCUCUUUAUGAUCCUCCUUUCCUUCUUCAUAAGCUUUGUGAUCUUCAACCUAUUGAUUGAUCCAAUGCUUAUAAGGGUUU